CCAUGCAUUUGUUACUUCAAGGCUGGACUAUUGUAAUUCUUUACUAUCAGGAUGUCCACAAAAUGCAGUUAAAAGCCUUCAGCUGAUUCAAUCUCAGAGCAACGGUGGAGCCAACCAGAGGGUGCGGGUGUUCGCCCAGGAACAGGUGGAAGUAGAGCAGCUUAACCCAGACUGAAGUUAGUGUUAAACCUGAGAGCUGGCUCAGAAUGGCCUAAUUGUAAGCUAGCACUAAUCGCUGAUUCACCAGCAAGACAUGAGGUGGAGGUUCACUAAUGAGCAUCAUCAGGUCAUGAUGAGGGACUUUCCCGUGAGCUACUGGUGAAAUUAAAUGACCUGAAACAGUAGAACCCUCUCUGUGAGCUUCUAGCUGGAUCUGCAUCAUGAUGUGAAAAAUAUCUGAUCUUCAGUCAAAAUCAAAGCAUUUAAUCCUAAAGUUACUAAACACAUUAAAAGGUCCUUCAGAUCAUCACAUUGGAUCUGAUGGCUGCAGCUGGUCCUAUAGUCCAGUUCUACAUGUAGACAGAAACAGGUGUUGCUCAGUAAACCAGGAAAAUAUCUCCUGGUGCCAGAAAGACGUAGAAGAAAGAGCAAAGGUCUCCUAAAGCAUCAUGUCUGUUAUUACUUGGGAGGUUGUUGGUGAUCAGUUUCUCAUCCAACAAGAAAGCAACUCUAUUCAUGAUCACAACUUACCAAACAAUCCAGAGACGAUAGAGGAACACGAGGAACCAGAACUGGAACAGAUUAGAGAGACGAAGGACAAUCCACAAUAUCAACCAAUCAAGGAGGAACAAUUUGAGCUUGACAUCUGUCAUGAUGAAGAGAGGUCUGUAGUGAAACAGCAGGCAGACACCUUUCUGGUGACUUCUGCUUAUGAGGAAAUAUUCCACUGUAAACCUGAACUGCAGCAGGUGAUUGAGACAAAACAGGAACCAGAAACUUUACAGAUUAAAGAGGAACAGGAACUCUGCAGUAAUCAGGAUGAAGAGCAGCUUGUAGUGAAGCUGGAGGCCUUCAGAGGGACUCCUGUUUAUGAAGAAAAAGACCACAUUGAAUCAGACCCAAACCAGGACCAACUUCAGUCUUCAAACUCCCCUAAAGCUGAGAACCAACGUCGGGAAGGAAGCAAUGAGGAAGUCCUGGUAUCAAUUGGAGAUGAAGAGCUGAACUCUGAAAAGGGACGUCACAAAAUCCAAAAUCAAAGUGACAGUUUGGACCAUUUUAAACUGAAAAGGCUACAGAAAAAUGUACCUUCUUGUGAAAUAUGUGGAAAAUGUUUCAUUCAGCCUAGGUACUUGGUUAUUCAUAUGAGCACUCACACGGGUGCAAAACCUUUUAAGUGUGGAACUUGUGGAAAAUGUUUCACCAGAAAAACUACAAUGAAUUUUCACAUGAGAACUCACACCGGUGAGAAGCCGUAUACCUGUAAAGUCUGCAGUAAGUCUUUCAGCUAUCGUAGUGAUUUGGCUCGUCACAAUAGAAUCCAUACAGGCGAGAAGCCGUUCUCCUGCCCGACCUGUGGAAAAAGUUUCAUCGAUAGAGGUAGCUUAAGCACACACACGAGAGUUCAUUUGGUAGAAAAGCCGUUCCCGUGUGGAUCGUGCGAUAAAUCUUUUACAAACAGUCGAGAUCUGGUGCGUCACAUUAGAAUCCACACAGGUGAGAAGCCAUUCUCAUGUCCGACCUGUGGAAAAAGCUACAUGAGCAGAGGCAGUCUAAAAACACACACCAGAGUUCAUAUGCGUGAGAAGCCGUAUCCUUGUGAACUGUGUGGUAAAGCUUUCACUAACAGGAGUGCCAUUGCCCGCCAUAGGAGGACUCACACAGGUGAGAAGCCGUAUUCAUGUAAAGCAUGUGGUAAAUUUUUUGGUGACAGUAGCAGCAUGAUUAGACACAGGAGAAGUCACAGUGGAGAGAAGCCGUUUUCCUGUUCUCUUUGCGGUACGUCUUUUAUGGACAACAGUCAACUGGCCCGUCACCUGAGAACUCACACAGGCGAAAAGCCAUAUUCUUGUAAACUGUGUGGUAAUUUAUUCACUGCCAGAUAUAAACUGACCACACAUGUGUGUAGUAAUAAUCCUUAGGAUAUUCUACAAACUUAAACUUUUGUUGUUUGACAAACAGAAGGAAUGUGACCCAAAACUAUUGGGAUUUAUCUAUGUAACAAUAUUUCCUUCUUUCCACUUCUAUUUUGGUUACCUGAGAACAAACCAUGUCAUGCCCUUGUGCUAAAACCAGAGCAAAUUGGUGUAUUUUUGGUUGUACUUACGGAUUUUCAUGAAUGAGGGAGAAAAAUGGCCAUGAAAAUGCUCUCAUCCAUAUAUUGUCUAUACCUGCUUAUCCUUACAAGCUCGCUGAGGGGGAACGGAGGUGCUGGUGAGAUAGGGCUACAUUUUGGACAGGUUGCCAAUCCAUCACAGGUGUUCAGAUCUCAUGUAUGAAUUAACUAGAUUGUAAACAUUCACCUGAAAACAUUCAAUGAUACUCUGUUCUUGUUUAUUUGAGUUCUGGGGCGUCAUGCAUAAAAUGGUGUGCAACCUUUAUACUAAAAGUUGGCGGUUUUUGAAUAUUGCAGUGCACAAAAAAUUCAGAUGUACAAAACCAUGCGUAUACAUGUCACCACACAGUUCCUUCAUACAUCCUAAUUUGCUCAGUCACACAUAGACAAUGUUCGGAAGAAGUGCCCAAUUCUGUACUUCCUGUAGCAGUUUUAUUUUUAUUAUGCUUAUGGACUUUGUGUAGAAUAGGUUUCUCUGUUUCCACUCUGAGGGUUUUCUACAAGAGUUGGUUCUGCAGCUGCAGAGAAGAAAGAUACAAAAGUUCUGUUCUCACACAAAUGUACUGAGAAGUUGGUUCUCACACUGUCUGGUAAAUAUUUUGCAUCUUUCUUUGUCCUGCAGUAUAACAGAUGUGUGCCAUCUUUGUAAGAGUAACAUUCUGACUCUGGUGGAAACUGUCCUCUCAUAUCAGAAUCAGAAUCAGCUUUAUUGCCAAGUUCUUACAUACAAACAAGGAAUUUGACUCCGGUACACUUUGCUCUUUGGUUUUGUUUUUGCAUUACAGAAUAUACAUAUUUACAAUG